UAUCAGAGGGGCCUCAGACCAAGACAGAAGUCGGACGCCAGGAGAAGACAAAAAGGAUUCGAUUGAGCUUGGGGACAAAGGCAAGCCCUCCAGUCCCACUCGGUGGGACACACGUGGAAGAGACAGCCCUCUCUCAAAGCAACAUGGAUUAUAAAUCCAGCCUGAUUCCGGAUGGGAACGCCAUGGAGAACCUGGAGAAACAGCUGAUCUGCCCCAUCUGCCUGGAGAUGUUUACCAAACCUGUGGUCAUCCUGCCCUGCCAGCACAACCUCUGCCGGAAGUGUGCCAACGACAUCUUCCAGGCUGCGAAUCCCUACUGGACCAACCGAGGUGGCUCAGUGUCCAUGUCCGGAGGCCGUUUCCGCUGCCCCUCGUGCCGUCACGAGGUGAUCAUGGACCGGCACGGGGUGUAUGGUCUGCAGAGGAAUCUACUGGUGGAAAACAUCAUUGAUAUCUACAAGCAGGAGUGCUCCAGUCGGCCCCUGCAGAAAGGCAGCCACCCGAUGUGCAAGGAGCAUGAAGAUGAGAAAAUCAACAUCUACUGCCUCACAUGUGAGGUGCCUACCUGCUCCUUGUGCAAGGUGUUCGGGGCCCACCAGGCCUGUGAGGUAGCCCCGCUGCAAAACGUCUUCCAGGGACAGAAGACUGAACUGAGUAACUGCAUCUCCAUGCUGGUUGCGGGGAAUGACCGAGUGCAGACUAUCAUCUCUCAGCUGGAGGACUCCUGCCGAGUGACGAAGGAAAACAGCCACCAGGUGAAGGAGGAGCUGAGCCAGAAGUUUGACGCCCUCUACGCCAUCUUGGAUGAGAAGAAGAGUGAGUUGCUGCAGCGGAUCACACAGGAGCAGGAGGAGAAGCUGGGCUUCAUCGAGGCCCUGAUCCUCCAGUACCGAGAGCAGCUGGAAAAGUCCACCAAGCUUGUGGAAACAGCCAUUCAGUCCCUGGACGAGCCUGGAGGGGCCACCUUCCUCUUGAGUGCCAAGCAACUCAUCAAGAGCAUUGUGGAGGCUUCCAAGGGCUGCCAGCUUGGGAAGACAGAGCAGGGCUUUGAAAGCAUGGACUACUUUACUCUGGAUUUAGAACACAUAGCAGAAGCCCUGAGGGCCAUCGACUUUGGGACAGAUGAGGACGAGGAGGAGUUUAUUGACGAUGAGGAAGAUCAGGAAGAGGCCGUGUCCACAGAGGGGAAAGAAGGUAAGAACUCCCUUUCUCUGCCUUUGUGCCUUCAGCCUUAGGAGUGCUGCACUACACAUUCCCAGGGUGUGCGUGUGUUUAUUAUUAUUACUUUGGUCCCCCCUCUUUUGUACAUCUGAGGUAUGCAUGCAUAUAUGCAUGUUUGCACAUGUGUGUGUUUAGGGGGUGUCCAGGCAGAGGUCCAAGGCUGAUGUCAAGGGUCUUCUUGAUCACUCCCCACCAGAUUCACUGAGGCAGGGGUCAUGGAUUUGCUAGUCUAGCUAGCCAAAUUGCUCAGGGGUCCCCUUUCCCAUCUUCUGAGCUCUGGAAUCACAGGCUACCAUGGUCAUCGGCAUUUCUUUGGGUAGGUGCUGGGACCUGAACUCUGGCCCUCAUGUUCAUGUAGGGACCACCCACCAAGCCAGUUCCCAGCUGCUGUUGCUUCCUCCUCCUGUGUGUGUGUGUGUGUGUGUGUGUGUGUGUGUGUGUGUGUGUGUGUGUGUGUGUGUGUGUGUAUGUGUUAAUGGCUGGCCUCUUUGAGCUGGGAUUAAAGGCAUGCUCCCCUACACCUAGUUAGUGUUCAAGCCCAGUUACUAGAGCCAAAUUCCAAUCCAGCUAAAGUGGCUAGCUCCGGGGCAGUGGUUCUCAGCCUGUGGGUCAUGAUCCCUGGGGGGGGCGGUGUCAAAGGACACUUUCACAGGGUUGGCCUAAAACCAUCAGAAAACACAGAUUAUUUACAUUACAAUUCAUAACAGUAGCAAACAUAACAGUUAUGAAGUAGCAACAAAAAUAAUUUAAUGACUGGAGGUCACCACAACAUGAGGAGGUGUAUUAAAGGGUCACAGCAUUAGGAAGGUUCAGAAUCACUCCUCUAAGCCAUGACUUCUGACAGCUAAAUUCCAGUUUGGUUUUAGAGAGCCCAGAUGGGAGGUGGUAUGUUGUGACUUGUCACCACAGCUCUGGAGGUCCUGGGUCCUCUUGAGUCUGUAUCUCACCAUGAGCCUGUGUCUGAUU